CCUGGCGUGUUGCACGAAACUCUGUGAGACUCGAGAGGAGAAGGGAGAGACGGUGCGUCUCGCUGUUUGAAACGUUUCGAUCAGUUGGUACAAUAUAUUCACCUAGUUAUCGUUUUAAAACCAUAACUACAAGACAUGACGGAGCCGCAGUCCGCGCUGUUACUGAGGAGACAACUGGCAGAACUGAACAAAAAUCCUGUAGAAGGUUUCUCGGCAGGGUUAAUAGAUGACAACGAUCUUUACCGAUGGGAAGUUCUCAUUAUUGGCCCUCCUGACACCCUAUAUGAAGGUGGUGUGUUCAAGGCUCAUCUCACGUUCCCCAAAGACUAUCCACUCAGGCCUCCAAAGAUGAAAUUCAUUACAGAGAUCUGGCAUCCGAACGUUGACAAGAACGGCGAUGUAUGUAUUUCCAUUCUGCACGAACCCGGUGAAGAUAAAUAUGGUUACGAGAAGCCAGAAGAACGCUGGCUUCCUAUUCACACAGUGGAAACCAUCAUGAUUAGUGUCAUUUCUAUGCUGGCAGAUCCCAAUGGAGACUCCCCUGCAAAUGUAGAUGCAGCGAAGGAAUGGAGGGAAGACCGCAAUGGAGAAUUCAAAAGGAAAGUUGCUCGCUGUGUAAGAAAAAGCCAAGAGACUGCCUUUGAGUGACAUUUACCCAACAGCUAGUAGCUUCACUUUUUUCAGGGUCUCCAAUUGAGAAGCAACGUGGCACUGUUUUCCUGCACUCUACCCACCUAUUGCCAGGCUUGUCCUUACUAAAAGUUGGCAAACACAGACUGGCUGCAAUAGAACGCAAAGCCAGUCACCAAUGAUGUCAAGAGCCUAGCAAGUGCCAACUUAAAGAUUUUCCAAUUUUUUGAUGUUCUAUGAACUGCUUCAACCUUCAGGAAGAAUUGUAAAGACCUGUACAUAGCACAAACGUGAACCGGAUAAUAUAUAAACUGUGCAUAGACAUCCAGAGACACACAUAGUAGCAAAUGAAAAGGCGCUUCUGUAUAGAAUAAGAAUCAUGUAAAUUCCAAGAUUUUAGUCAAAUUGUUUCCCUCCUUUUUUGUGCGUUUGGUUCUAUUAAAGGUUACUUUAAAAGCAAGCCUUGUAAGAGGAUGUUAGCUGAAAAUUGACAGAAUCCAUCUAAGCAUACAAUUGUAUUAAGGCAAUGAAAAAAAAGAUUCACCUGGCUUGAACUAUGAUUUUUAAAAUUGCCUUUGUGGGUAGAGAUAUAAGCUUAUAUAUAAGCUUGCCGUAGUUAAGCCUCCCAAAUUUAAAUGUAAAAGUCAAUAAGAAAGCUUUUUAGUGUUUGUGUUUUAAGCGCACGGUGCUCAUGUUAUGACAUAGGGUUUACCAACUCCAUACUCUGGAUUACGCCUCGAGUAGCCGCUGGGAGAAUUCAGAGCUGCUCUUUGGGGAUCAGAUCAGUGGUGCUGCUGCGUAAGAGCUGUGUUUUUUUUUUAAUAUUUUCAGAAGUGCCUCCUGUUGAAUUGCAUGGUAAUUCACUCUGCAUAAAACAAAAAUGGACAUACAAAAGCCCAUAGAAAUUGCUACACAUCCUUUUUUUUUUUUUUCCUCACAAGAAAACAGGUAAUUAAAGAUGUUGGAUGUAGCAAUAAUGUUAUUUUUCUUUCUUAUUUUUUUUCCUUCCUGCGAUGCAUCAUUUGCAUCUGUUAAUUUUAAUUGUCUGUGAAUUAAGGGCUCUCGGGAGCCCAUCCAGCUGCUGAAGCAAAAUGAUUUCUCCGAGCUUGUUUUUGUGGUGUUCUAGGUAGGGUUGUAAAGCAUGCUCUAACUAGGUUUUCAUUUGGGUUAUUUCUGGGUUUGGGAUUGCAAAUGCUGGGUGUGUGUGUGUGUGUGUGUGUGUGUGUGUGUGUGUGUGUGUGUGUUUUUUUUCCCCCUUUUUUUUUUUUUGGCUCUGAUGGACUACUGCAGUUUUCUUGCCUAAUGUACAAAGACAAAAUACUGAUGUAUAUUUUUCAUGUAAUGGAAAUUGUCACCUUCUGUAGUGAGUUCUUCCAAAAUACAUUUUUUUUUCCAAUAA